AUGACGGGCAGCAGCCGAUCGAGCGGCGCCAUGGCUUCGAACCGGUCGGCGACAGAAGCGGUCGAGCAGGCGGACGCCAUAGCCCGUGGCGCCCUUGUCAUGGUUGACGCCCGGCUUGUCCGCCGACCAGACCAUGCCAGCAAUGUCGAGAUGCGCCCAUGCGACGCCGUCAUUGAUAUAGCGCUUCAGGAACUGCGCCGCCGUGAUCGAGCCGCCGCCACGCGGGCCGACAUUCUUCAUGCAUCGGACGGCGGGAAGCGCCACAGCUUCUCAUCGGUCGCCUUGCCCGCCGCGAGCAGCGAUUCGGCCAGCAGAUCGUCAUUGGCGAACAGACCGCCAUGUUCAUAUUCAACUGAUGAUCGUCGCGCCGGUCAGCGUGGCAAGAUCGACGAUGGUCGAAGGCGAAUGCGUCUUCUGGACCCAGUCAGCGCAUCGCACAGGACCGAACGCCCUUCCGCGUCGGUGUUGAUGACCUCGAUCGUCUGA